AUGCACGGGCUUGUUGCCAGCAAAUACGGUGGUGGCUGCAUCGGCUUGCUCGGUGUGGGAUUUCUACGGCACCCUUCAAGUCCUCACAAUUAUAAAUACAUUUCUGCCAAUGUGCUUGGAACUGUAAAAGUGCUUGACGGUGAUGGACAUGAACUCCGGUAUUUUGGUUAUAUGAAGGAAAUGAUUACAAAGGUUGAUAAUAAGAAGCGUGUGAAAGAAACAGAAACCAUUGAAGGAGGAUUUAUAGCACUGGGCUUUAGUCGUUAUAUAACUCAAUAUAAAAUUAUUGAGAAAAAUUCUACAUCAAGUAUUAUAAUAUCAACAAUAGAGUAUGAGCUUGAUGAUAAGUUAACAAAUCUUACUUCUGUAGUAAAUACCGAGUUAGUGGAAACACUUGCAGUAACAGUUGGAAAAUACCUGACUGAGAAAACACCUCCUCCUUAUUAG